GCGUUCAUUCAGCACUGCCUGAGUAAGAAGAUUACUUUUGCGCUGCUCGUCUAUCUACUCUUUCUCUCUUUAAACAUGCUAAGGAUGCUAAAGCGUCAGCAGCUCCACCCGGGAAUGAUUUUAUUACUCUUUUGGCUCUGUUAUUUGAUUGAAGAUCAAAAAGUGCAAGCUGGUAACUGCUGGCUUCAACAGGGCAAGAACGGGAGAUGUCAGGUUCUCUACAUGCCUGGGAUGAGUCGGGAGGAAUGUUGCCGGAGUGGGAGGCUCGGUACAUCUUGGACUGAGGAAGAUGUGCCAAACAGCACAUUAUUCAGGUGGAUGAUCUUCAAUGGCGGGGCUCCAAACUGCAUACCUUGUAAAGAGACGUGUGAUAAUGUGGACUGUGGUCCUGGAAAGAGAUGCAAAAUGAACAGGAGGAGUAAACCUCGCUGCGUCUGUGCUCCAGACUGCUCUAACGUCACCUGGAAAGGGCCCGUCUGUGGCUCAGAUGGAAAAACAUACCGGGAUGAAUGUGCCCUUUUGAAGUCCAAAUGCAAAGGGCACCCAGAUCUGGAGGUCCAGUAUCAAGGCAAAUGCAAAAAGACGUGUCGUGAUGUCCUGUGCCCGGGAAGUUCAACUUGCGUGGUGGACCAGACAAACAACGCCUACUGUGUGACAUGCAACCGCAUAUGCCCAGAGGUCAUGUCUCCAGAUCAGUACCUUUGUGGCAACGAUGGGAUUGUUUACGCCAGCGCAUGCCAUUUAAGAAGAGCCACGUGCUUGCUCGGUAGAUCCAUCGGCGUGGCAUAUGAAGGAAAAUGCAUCAAGGCCAAGUCAUGCGAUGAUAUCCACUGCAGUGCAGGGAAGAAGUGUUUAUGGGAUGCAAAGAUGAGUCGCGGGCGCUGCGCAGUUUGCGCCGAGUCGUGCCCAGAAAGUCGCUCGGAGGAAGCUGUGUGCGCCAGCGACAACACCACGUAUCCCAGUGAGUGUGCCAUGAAGCAGGCCGCUUGCUCUUUGGGGGUUCUCCUGGAGGUUAAGCAUUCAGGAUCUUGCAACUGUAAGUAACACAUCUUAAAAGACAAUCCAAUGCUGCCCAGCAACCUCCUUCCCAAAACCUCCCACCCCUCCAAAUAACGCCUCUUCAUUCCCUUCCUGCUGCUAAGAGUUAAGCUACAGAAAGGACUUACGAUUGGAAGUUCUUUGCAUGUCCUCUUUGGCUGGCUUCAAUCAUUUUGCAUUAUCUCGAGAAGAAACAAAAAUUGAUUUAAAAAAGGAAGCAAGAAAAGCAAUGGAAAUCCAUCAAUUGAGUGUAAACAAAAGUGGCAAAGAGCUCUUCCGAGGAGUCCUUUGACAUACUAAUCUUUUUCAUUUAACUAACAAGACAACAUGUGCGAACUAACGUUUGCAGCUAGCGGACAUCGUCACGUUUGACUUGUAGCUCAGUCUGACCUGAGUUCACUUCCCACCCCCCUUUGUUUUAGUGUAACUGUAGAGACUUAUAUAAUCACAUCAGCUUGUCAAUUCCAUAAUCAUGUACGUGUUUUAUGAAUCCUGUUGUUUUGUUUGAUUCCUGCUUUUGGCUGUAAUGGAUUAUUACAAAUGCACUACGACGUAAACCGCUCUGAGGGUCUCCUCCAUUUACACUCACAUAAGGUGAUUGUAACAUUGGUGCCGUUGUGUAAACCUUAACUAGACUACCUAUUUUGACUAGCUCAGAGAACGGAUUGACGAAGCUAGACCUGGGAAUACUUGCAUUCCAGCAGUUUGUGCUAGCGAACGAAUCAAACGACCAAUGUGAACGAAUGGCUUACCUUAACGCCUUAAGGUAUGGACGUCAUUUCAAGGGACCAACUUUAUGAUCACCUCAUGUUUUAAACGACUGCCACAUUUAACGAUUUGCAGGACAAGAACAUGUUAAUAGUAGAGCAAUGCUUUCUGAAUCUCUGCUGUUAGACCUAACAUUAGGAAGGUGAUUCUGUGUGCGAGUGUGUGUGAGUUUUGCUGUGGUCGUGUUGUUCUAUAUGUUUGUGAGGGACUACACAUUUGUUUAAUUGCUUUGCCUGUGUCAUUUUUCGAAAUGUAAACCUCUAUGUAGAAAAAUACACACACACACACACACAUAUAUAUAUAUUAUAUACCUCAGAACUGUGCCAUUGCUUGACCACGUAGCUACGGUCAGCCAAAGUAAUGGAUUUAAAUGCAAAACCAGAAAAAAAGCAGCCAGUCUUGGAAUGCAAGAGCACUUUUUUGGUCUGGAUUCAGCCAUUAAAGCUUCUGAUUGGCCCCGUCCCGUCGCACUGCUGGCUUCCUUAAUUAUAUAUAUGCAUUUGUUUGCAUAAUUUCGGCAGCCAGAGCACCUGGUCAAGCUGUCAUCUAGCUUUUCUGAGGCUCUGGGAUAAGAGACAAAUACUCACGUACAUUCUGCGCUGUUGUGGUCUAUAUUCAUGCAACAGCUACCAUGUAUUCUCCCAUAUAGCCAUUACGGAAGACCAGGAGGAUGACGAUGACGAGGAAGACCAGGACUACAUGGCUUAUGUCCAAUUAUCACCUGUACUGGAUGGAUAAAGCACCAUCAACCAGUGGAACAGUCCUAGGGCGAGGAGUCAUGUCCACACUGUACAUAUGUGUAUGCUAAUUUAUUUUUCAGAGAAAAAAGAAAGAAGUAUACAUGUAGUUCAGUCUGCUUGAUGUUUAUUUAUACAGUGUUCUGUUUUAUAAUUUAUACAUUUACAGUGUCCGGCUUACUUGUCUAUCAUGUUUUUCCCUUUUCUUUCUUUAGUUUUGUUUUUAUAUAUAUUUUUUAUUAUGACCGAGAAAUAUAUUUGUCCAAAGAGAAGCAGUGUUAUUUAUUGUGAGGUAAAAUGCUAUCAUGUAAAGUGUGAGUCUUCUGCAAGCUGUAAAUUGCAUUCCUUGAGCUGUACAAAUGCUUAUCAGUGUCAAUUCUGUAUCACAGAUGUUUAUUUCACACAUACCUGCAUGUUAGCUUGUGUUUAUUUAUUGGAAAAAAAUGGAAAAACGCAUAGGACAAAAAAAAAAGUGUCACUCUUUAAUGUACGUGUAUAUUUCUGGUUUUGUUUACAGUUCAGUGUAACUGACCAAAGGGAUUUUCUUAAAUGUUCUUCAAUGUUAAUGUGAUAUGGUGCAGCAGGAUGACAUUGGAAAUGUGUUGUUUCUCAUUUAGAAAAGCCCUGCUGAUUCUGCUGUCCUUCAUAAACAGCAAGAAAUGGGCAGUGGGUGAUGAUUGUUUCAGAAAACUGUGCCAUGCAACUGUUUUUGUCUUGUUUUUGCCAAUAUUCAGCUCUAUAUUGCUCUUGCGGAGCGAACACAAGGUCAACGGAGGACUCAGUAUCGAUAUAUAAAGCGUUCACCUUUUCACUUUGUUGUUGAAAUGCUUUUUUUUAUUUUCAGACAUCUCAAGAUAAAAACGAAAUUCAGUUAUAAAUAUAUAGUUUUGUAUUUUUUAUGUAAAUGUCAUAUGUAUAUACAAAGUUUGAUGUAUUUGUACAGAUAUUAAGAGUGAAAUCAAUAAAAAAUACUUAUCAAUUGGUCA